AUGGAAGAUCAGACCGUCAAAGCACCUACAGAUCAUGUCGAAUCAAAGAGCGAAUCGGCAGCCGUCAACAGUCGCCAGGACAAGGCGAACAUGGUCUUGGGUGAUUCGGGGCAGCGUAUCGCCCUGACCCCCGAGAACAAUUCGCGAGUUCUGAGGCGGAUCGAUCUGUUUGUCCUACCAGUCGUCCUGGGAAUAUACUUUCUUCAAGCGCUAGACAAGGCUACGCUCGCGUACGGCUCAGUCUUUGGACUGGUGGAGGACGCGCACCUCCAUGGUCAUCAGUAUUCGUGGCUGGGCUCGGUGGUUUAUCUCGCUCAACUGGUGGCACAGCCCAUUAUCGCAUAUAUGCUUGUCAAGCUGCCGUUGGGAAAGUUUCUGGCUAUCAUCGUUUUGCUCUGGGGUAUCGCACUAUCCGCCAUGCCGGCAGCACACAACUUUGGCGGGUUGUUAGUAUGUCGUCUGUUUCUGGGGAUAUUCGAGGCUGGUGUCGCGCCUGCGUUUAUUGCUUUGACCCAAAUGUGGUGGCGUCGACGUGAGCAACCGGUCAGGUUGGGUGCGUGGUACGCCAUGAACGGCAUCACAAACAUCUUUGGAUCGCUCUUGACCUAUGGCAUCGGUCAUAUUGACUCGCCUCAUCUCAAGCCGUACCAGAUCAUUUUCUUGUUCUUCGGGCUGAUCACGAUAGCAUACUCGGCCGUUGUUUGGUUCUUCCUUCCGGAUUCGCCUGUUUCGGCCCGGUUCUUGCACGGGGAGGAUAGGUUGGUAGCGAUUGAAAGAUUGCGGGCGAACAACCAGGGUGUCGAGGGCAAUGAAUGGAAGUGGUCUCAUGUCAAAGAGGCCGCUAUGGACCUCAAGACCUGGCUGUGGGCAGCAAUGAUGUUCUCAAUCUCCGUUCCAAGUGGCGGAGUGUCGACCUUUGGCCCCCUGAUCAUCAAGAACUUCGGCUUCAAUAGGUUCCAAACCAUCCUUCUCAACAUGCCAUUCGGAGCAGUUCAGUUAAUCGCUACUAUGGGUGGUGCCUGGGUUGCAACCAAGAUCAAGUGGAAGUCUCCAGUCUUAGCCUUCCUCAGUCUGCCGCCUAUUGCUGGAUGCGUCAUGUUGCUUCAUUUGCCGCGAGGUCCGUCAGAAAAAGGACCGCUCCUCGUAGCAUAUUAUCUGAUAUCAGUAUAUCCUGGCAUUACACCUCUUAUAUACUCCUGGAGCGCCGGAAAUACCGCAGGAGAAACGAAAAAGAAGACAGUUACCGGCUUGCUCUUUGUCUUCCAGUGUGCUGGAAACGUGCUAGGACCAAAUUUGUAUACGACCGGGGAAGCACCUCUUUAUCAUCGAGGACUUUUGUCCAAUCUCGCCCUGUUUGUCGUUUUGAUCGGCUUGUACGCAGUGCAGGUCGUGUACCUCAUGAUGCUGAACAAGAAGCAUGCCCAAAAACGCGAAAGCCUAGGGAAGAAAGCAAGGAUAGUGGACAAGUCAAUGAAGAGAAUCAAGGCUGAAACUGCGCCUUCGGGUGAAGAUGCCGAGGAUGAGGGAUACGGGCAACAUGCCUUUGAUGACAAGACCGACUGGGAGAACGAAGACUUUAUUUUCGUGUACUGA